AUGGGAAAAGAUAAAAAAACAGAAACUGAUGCAUCAAGUGAAGAAGAAUAUGUAGUUGAAAAGGUGUUAAACAAGAAGAUCGUUAAGGGCAAGACCCAAUAUCUUUUGAAAUGGAAGGGUUACAAAGAAGAAGAAAGCACUUGGGAGCCAGUAGAAAAUUUAGACUGUGAAGAGCUGAUUAAAGCUUUCGAAGAUAGUCGAAAGGAAAAAGAGGCUCAAAAACCGAAAAAAACAGAAGAGCGAAGCAGGAAGCGAACACAUGAGUCAAGUGAAGAAACAAGUAGUAAAGCGCGAGGAACCAGCGUAUCUUCAGUGGAAGAGACCAAAGAGACAAAAAAAGAUCGUGUUAAGGGACGAAGAACUAGUUUAUCCUCAGUGGAAGACUCUAAAGAAGCAAAAAAAGAAAAGAAAGAUGAGAAAAUCAAGUCAGGAUUUGACAGAGGACUCAAAGCAGAAAAAAUUAUAGGUGCAUCUGAUGCAACUGGUGAACUGAUGUUCCUGGUGAAAUGGGCUGAUUCUGAUGAGGCUGAACUAGUUCCUGCUAAGGUUGCCAACACCAAGUGUCCACAGCAGGUUAUUGCGUUUUAUGAGGAGCGAUUGACUUGGCAUAAUCCAUCUGAGUCCGAAUGA